AUGGCUCCUAACAUUUUGCCUAAUUCUUCUAGAUUUAUCCUGAGCAUCCUCAGCGUCGUCUCAUAUUUGCCACAAUGCCACAGACUCCGCGAACAAGGCCACUGCGAUGGCCUUUCACUCUACUACGUCCUCUUCAACCUCCUCAGCGCCACAGAACAAGUCACCAUCGGCUUCUUUCUCAACGUCAACAAUGAUGGGUCUCUGAGGCCCGACGUCUUUGUCAAUACCCCAGCCACAGCGGGAGACUGGUUUAAUCUCGGCCAGCUGGUCGUCGUCUGGCUUUGUUCUCUGUACUUAUUCAUCCUCUGCUUCCGAUACUCAUCCGCAAACCCCGACAGAAUAGGCCACAGACAAGCCGUCAUGACAAUCUCUACCUUGUUUCUUCUCUUCUCCGUCGUCCCAGUUCUCAUAGACGCCUGCCAACCACCAUCACGAUCCGAACCCCGACGAUGGGCCCAGGACAUCUUCGCCUUGGUUCACUACCUCCUCUUCAUCCCCAUGUCCACCGCAAUGACUAUCCUUGCCGUUAUUCCGCAAGUGCGUGAGAUACGUUCUCGACGAGGGAACGCAGGCGCUCUAAGCCUCCCGGGUCUCACCGUCCAAUGCGUCGUCUUUGCUCUUGUUGCAAUCUCUUGGGUAUUCCGCGUCAAAUACCCGCCGUACUCGCCGUCUUGGGUCGAGUGGUAUCGCUUGAUCGGGUGGCCUGUGGUUAAUGAUGGUCUUGCUGGGUGUGUUCGGGGGUUGUUGCUAGUCGUUGCGCUUCGCGACGGCAUGGACGAGGGGUGGGAGUCGGUUGAGGGACGACCUUUGCUGGGUGUCUAG